GCGCCCUGCGCUUUUCACUGGGGAAGCCCCUGCACUGUUUGGAUGGGAUGGAAACAUUUUCUGCUUUUUGUACCUUUCGGUCUCAUCGCCUGACUUUUCCCACCUCUUUACGCUUGGAGGUGCCUGGGUCUGGGGAAAGGUAGGAUGUGCCAGCAGAACACGAGCUCUUCAGGGUUCUUCCAGGAUUUCCAGUGUGGGCAGGUAAAGUAUUUGUGUAUGAAGGACCAACCUAGCUAAGUGUGGAGAGGUUCCUGACCCAGAAGUUACAACGAUAGAAACUCAAAAAGACCAUUUCCUAAGAUGGAGAGAGGUUUCCAUCUCCAUCAGUGGAAAAAAGACACACCAGUGACAUCAAGUGUUCCAGAAGUAUGAAGUCCCUGGACUGCCCCCAAAGAAAUGACCAAGGGAAAAUAAAGAAAAAACACCACCUCCCCAUCACCUACCCUGGGAAGUGAUCCUCCUAAACUUUGCAACCCUAAAAUGGCAGCAGCUUUGGCUCUCCCAGCUCCAGAGGAGCAGGAGGAAUUUCUGACAGUGAAGGUGGAGGAGGAGAAUCAUAUGUGGGGGCAGGAAUCUGGACUACAGACAAAUAACCCUUACACUAGAGAGAUCUUCCGGAGGCGGUUCAGGCGGUUCUGUUACCAGGAGACCCCUGGGCCUCGUGAAGCUCUUCGAAGGCUUAGAGAACUUUGCCUUCAGUGGCUGAGGCCAGAAGUGCACACAAAGGAGCAGAUUCUAGACUUGUUGGUGCUUGAGCAGUUUCUCAACAUUCUUCCAGAGGAGCUCCAGACCUGGGUGUGGGAACACCGUCCAGUGAGUGGAGAGGAAGCAGUAACUGUGCUGGAGGAUUUGGAGAGAGAACUUGAUGAGCCAGGAGAACAGGUUCCAACUCAUGCUCAUAAACAGGAGAUGUUCUUGGAGGAAAUAAUGCCUAUGGAAGUAACACAGGAGUCACCAAAUGUUCAGUUCCAGCCCUUGGGAAAACAGAUCCAAUGUAAAUCACAGGAGAUGCAUCCUGUUAAAGAAAUUGAUGGCAAGACCAGCAUUGAAAAUGGAGAGUUAGCUCCAAAGCAGGAGACUUCUACAGAAAUGGAUAGAAUUGACAAACUGAAUUUUGAUAUUCUCCGGGGUCCUGAAUGUAGAGAAACAUGUGAGCAAGAAAGCAAAUCAGAAAGACAACGGGGGAACCCUGCAGUGGAAAGACCUUAUGUAUGUGGUGAAUGUGGGAAAAAUUUCACUCAGAAUUCCAUCCUCAUUGAACAUCAGAGAACCCACACUGGAGAGAAACCUUAUGAAUGUGAUGAGUGUGGGAGAGCCUUCAGUCAGAGGUCUGGCCUUUUCCAACAUCAGAGACUCCACACAGGAGAGAAACGAUAUCAAUGUAACGUGUGUGGCAAAGCUUUCAGUCAGAAUGCAGGGCUUUUUCAUCAUCUGAGAAUCCACACUGGAGAAAAACCUUAUCAGUGUAAUCAAUGUAAUAAAAGUUUUAGCCGGCGAUCAGUCCUUAUCAAACAUCAGCGAAUUCACACUGGAGAAAGACCUUAUGAAUGUGAUGAGUGUGGGAAGAACUUCAUUUAUCAUUGCAACCUUAUUCAGCAUCGGAAAAUUCACACAGUGGCUGAGUCAAGCUAGCUCCUUACAGUAGGGACUAGGAGAGGGGCUAGACCUUCUGUUUCUUUGGUAUAGGGAACGCCUAAAUAAGGAAACCCUCUUUACCAAUGCAGUUUGGCACUUUAUAGUCUUAGAGAGUUGACUGGGGACACUGAGAGGUAGGUUAAGUGUCUUGUGAAGGGUCACAAAACCAGUGUGUGUCAGAAGUGGGAGUUAAACCCAAGUCUUCCUCAUUCUGAGGUGAGCUCUCUAUCUACUGUGCUGUGCAAUAAGUGGGACAAAAUUUACAGAUGACAGAAUUGUAGGCAGUUUAUCUGGGGAAUCAGUUCUUAAUUUUAAUCCUUUUUUGAGAAUGAGAGGGUGUUAGCUGGGUUUAACUUUUUAGUAUAAUCUUCCAGGCAAACGUAGUGGUGGUGCUUAAACCAUUCUCUGAGAUAGGUGCUUAUUUUAAAUAAUGUAAAUGAAUAUUUUAAUAAUGUAAUGAACUCAAUUCAGAAGGAGCCACAUUCUUAAGAAAAUUCAAAAUGCUACACUGAUAAUAACAGCUUUGUCAGGGUACUGCUUCCAUACAACUCAAUCAUAGUGUAUUCCCUAGAAUGAAUAUCAAAUAUGCUUAUCUGCUUGGUGCUCAAAAGGUGCCCUUCAGCCAUUAAGUUUCUUUUCUUUUCUCUCUCUUCCACUUAAUAGUAUUUUAUUUUUUCCAAUUACAUGUAACAAUAGUUUUCAACAUUUAUUUAUUUAUUUAUUUUUUAG